GUUCUCAUAGAACGCAUCGUUGUCAUGGAACCAUUAUGACGUCACAAACAGUGCCUAUAAAAAGGGUCCGUCAGAAGCAAACGCUACCAUUCUAUUGAUCUGAACGCUUGGCUUUGGUUGACUCUGAAACCUGUGUACAGAUUAUUGAGUGAUUUUGCUGAAUUUAGCAAACAGUUUGCUACUUUAAGCUACUUUGACGCACUGUGGACAGACAGACGGUUUAUUCAGACCACAAAUCUUUUUAGACCAAGUCUAUACACAGUCUGCAGUCUACUUUCAACAUCAUGUCUCGCCCUUUAACGUCUUUCAUGGACAAGGAAGGAGCAGAUGUUGCAAAGAUGGAUUUUUGCCUACCCAAUGCUGUGCCGAACUUUGACACUGAGGCGAAAAGCCCAAAAACAGUGUUUAAAGCAGAGAUGGAUGCUUUUCUAUCGAAUGCUUUUCUGACAUUUGACAACAUCUUAAACACUGAAUCAUUGUCAGAAGUCAUGCACGAUGCUGGUAGUGCGGAUCCGUGUGGAGGAGUUGAGGAGGAUUCUCCUGCAAAUGCUGGGGCGAAAAGCCCAACAGUGUUUGAAGCAGAGAUGGAUUUAUUCCUAUCGGAUGCUUUUCGGAGCUUUGACACUGUCCUUACCACUGGACCGUUGUCAGAAUUCGGGAAAGCUGCCGGUAGUGUGAAUCCGUGUGGAGAAGUUGAGGAGAAGGAGAUGGAGAAAGUUUCUCCUGCCUAUGCUGAGGCAAAAAGCCCAACAAUGUUGGGAAGGAGUUGCCAAGAUAGUGGAAUGGAUUUUGUCCUGCCGUGUGCUGUGGCUGACAGUGUCCUUAACAUUGGAUCUCUGUUAGACAGACACAGAGGUAGUUCAAUUCCACAAGGACAAGGAAAGGAGUUUACUCCUACUUUUGAUGGGGCGAACAGCCCAAUAGACAGUAACAUCAGUCCGGACCAACGAAAGACGUCCUUUGACCGGGCCUGGAGGGGCAAAGUGGAGCCAGUGCCGGCUCCACAGCUUGAAGCCGAUCCAGCUAUCCCUGAUGUUAGGGAAGUGGUUGAUCUGGCAUUCUGGUCAAAGACUAAGAUUGGUCCGAAGAAACAGAAACAAAAGGCUUCGAAGAGCCGUUUAUAUGACCUCCAGGGAGAAAAGACUGUUGUUCAAGCGCAACAUGUCGAGGCAGAUUCAGCUAUUCCUGUUGGUAUGGAUGGUGCUGAUUUUGCAUGCCCCGAAUCGAAUAUAUGUAUUCGUACGGAAAAACAAAAGACUUGGAAGAGUCGCUUAUUUGGCUGGUUCCAGAGGGGCAAUUUGGAGUCAGUGCCGACUCCACAGCUUGACGCCGAUCUUGCUAAUCCUGUUGGAAGGGAUGUUGCUGAUCUGGCCUGCCAUGAGGCAAAAACUAAGAUUCGUCCGGACAAACGAAGGUCAAUGAAGUGUUGCUUCCUUGACCGCUUCCGGAAGAGCGAUGUGGAGUCAAUGCCGACUCCACAGCUCGAUGCCGAUCUUGCAAAUCCUGUUGGAAUGGAUGGUGCUGAUCUGGCCUGCCAUGAGGCAAAACCUAAGAUUCGUCCGGACAAAGGAAAGUCGUUGAAGCGUUGCUUCCUUGACCGCUUCCGGAAGAGCGAUGUGGAGUCAGUGCCGACUCCACAGCUCGAUGCCGAUCUUGCUAAUCCUGUUGGAAUGGAUGGUGCUGAUCUGGCCAGUCGUGAGUUAAAUCCUCACAUCAGUUUUCCUGCCAUCGCUAAUGCCAGCCUAGAAAAUUUAGGUGCCGUUCCACCCAAUGUCGGGCUUAAAGGUGGUGGAAAUCCAGAUUCAAAUAGACCACAAGCAAUCGGAAAUCCCCGAACCCCUGUCCCAAAAGAUGCGGGAAAUCCUGUCCCAAAAGAUGCGGGAAAUCCUGUACCAAAAGAUGCGGGAAAUCCUGUACCAAAAGAUGCGGGAAAUCCUGUACCAAAAGAUGCGGGAAAUCCUGUCCGAAAAUAUGUAAAAGUUGUUAGGCCGAAAACUUUUAAUCUUUUUAAAAAGCGAAGCAACAACCAACAAGCCGAUCCUGAGCCAGGUCCAUCAGUGACUACAGAGACCUUUGAGUCUAAAUAUCAACUGUUAGAGAUGGAUGUGAUUGGGCAAGGUAGCUUUGGCGUAGUGUUCAAAGGGAUCCGUCAAACGGAUGGGAAUCUGGUUGCCAUCAAGCAAAUGAUGAAACAAAAGAAGAAGGACAGAUAUAUUCAGAUUCCUGGAUAUCCCCAACCGCUGCUAACAGAAAUAGCAUUAAUGCUAAGGUUAAGAGAAAGUUACCAUUGCCCAUAUAUCAUCGAGAUGUAUGACUGGUAUGAGACCAGCAAAAUGUUCACAAUUGCGAUGGAGUAUCCUCAGGAGAGCCAAUCCUUGUGGAGUUUUGUUUACAAAUACAAACUGAGUGAAAGUGCAGCACGACAUCUGAUGUAUCAGGCCGUACGAGCAGUUGAACACUGCCUGAUGAAUGGUGUCGUCCAUACCGACAUACAUCCGGGGAACUUCUUGGUGCAGAAGAAAACAAUGACGUUAAAGUUAAUUGACUUUGGGCUUGGACAUCUAUUUAGGUUUGAUGGCCAUGCUUCCAAGGACUUUAGAGGAGCUAAAGAAUGCACACCGCCUGAGGUUCAAACAAAUAAGAAAUUUUUUGCCAGGCCAGCAAACACCUGGGCCUUAGGUGGUAUGCUAUAUUUCAUGAUGCAUGCAGCUUACCCCUAUCCUAUAAGCGACUUGUAUGCCGGUGAACCAAAGAAAUACGAUGAAGGCUUAUCAAAGGAAAUCUGUGAACUGAUAGACUGGUGCCUGGAUGUGAGACCAGAUAGACGUCCAUGGCUCCACCAGAUCUUAAGUCACGACUGGUUCAGAACUGAAUGGAUUAAUGAAAAACCGGAAUUCAAACGCAGAAAGAGUAAAAGAAAAGCCAAAACAAAGGCUGAAGAGGCUGAAGGAUAAGGGAAUGAUGGGAGAUGCUGUUUCAUCAUCCAGAGACGUAUGGAGUUUGCUAAUCGUGUUUCCGGAUAAGUUUCUACAACCGAAAACCAAGAAUACCAUGGACAUUAAGUCACUAACAGGGUGACAAUUACAAGGGAGACAAGAGACGAGCCAUUAUUUAAAACAGGAAUUUCCCUGGAUUUACAAAUCCAUGGGAACUUUACAGUACACAACCACAUUUAAUAUAUCGCACUGUGCAAAUUAUAUGUAUUAUAGGAAUAAUCCAUAUUGUGGCUUUAAGGUUCUAGAUAUACUAUAUGAUGACUAAAAACUAAAUGUUGACAUUUCUUUGCUUUCUCAUCUUCAGGUUGUAUCCCAUGGACACAAAUGGUUGGCUGAACGUCUCAAAAAGAUCCUGUCUCAUCCUUGAAGAAAUUUUUUUAACGUUUUAAUAGUAUAGUAUCUUAAUAUAUAGUAUAUCCUCUAUAGAAUCCGUUUACAUAUAUAUGUUUAUAUAUAUAUCUCCCAAGGGUUUUUUCCCUCCUAGGACUUUUUUCCUCCUGGCUAAAAAUGCGGGAGGUUUUUCUCCUAGGGGUUUUUUUCAACCCCGGGGACUCAGCCGACAUUGGCUUAACUUAGCACCUUCUUCUAUACGUUACAUCAUUAACACGCUCGCUUGUAAAGUUUAUUCAUACCUGCUGUAUUUAUUUUUAGCAAAUCUAUUUAUGAUUAGCAAAAACCCUCCCAAGGGUUUUUUCCCCUCCUAGGACUUUUUUCCUCCUGGCUAAAAAUGCGGGAGGUUUUUCUCCUAGGGGGUUUUUUCAACCCGGGGACUGAGCCGACAUUGGCUUAACUUAGCAGCUGCUCGCUUGUAAAGUUUAUUCAUUGCCGCUGUAUUUCGCUACUUAUGUUGUCUGUCGAUUUUUCUGUGUUUUCCCCUGCUUAAAGCUGGGGGAAUUAAAGCUGCUUUGAAAAAGCACUAUAUAAAUAAAAUUUAAUUUAAUGAAUAAAUUUUUUUUUUUAA